AUGGAUGCCGAAUCACCCGCCGAGAGGGAGAACAGGACUCGCUCCUUGUGGAAGAAACUGGACACACAAAACGAGGGUUAUCUCGACUUCAAGGCCUUCAGGAAGGGCCUGAAGAAGCUCGACCAUCAUGGCUUGAUAGAAGAUGUGCUCGAGGCCGCCGAUAUCAACAACAGUGGUCGCAUCGAAUACGAUGAGUUCCGCAAAUUCGUCGACCAAACCGAACGUGAGCUCUGGCAGCUCUUCCAGAGCAUAGACCGCAAUCACGAUGGCAACCUCGACAAGAGCGAGUUACGCGCCGCCUUUGUCCGCGCCGGUCUGGCCGUACCCAAUUCGCGCCUCGACAGCUUCUUCGACGACGUCGACACAGACAAUGACGGUGUUAUAAACUUUGGCGAAUGGCGCAAUCCACCUCUCCCGUCACUCCACACAGAAGCCGCCGUUGCCUCUGAUCAUGACGACCGAUCACAUGCAUCGCGUGCCUUGGCCUUUAUGAGCAUGCUGACGGAUUUCGUCCCUGAUCCAGGCUACUUCCUGGCUGGCGGCAUAUCAGGCGUCGCCUCGAGAACUACCACCGCCCCUCUAGAUCGUCUCAAGGUCUACCUCAUCGCUCAGACUGGCACCAACGAAGCUGUGCAGGCCGUCAAAAGUGGUGCCCCCGCAGCGGCAGCAAAGUCGAGCGCAAAUACCUUGGUCAGAGCCUGUAAGGAGCUUUGGGCUGCAGGCGGCAUUCGUAGUCUGUUUGCUGGCAACGGUUUGAACAUCGUCAAGGUUAUGCCCGAGUCUGCCGUCAAGUUCGGCUCGUAUGAGGUAACAGAUAGCGCUCCUUCGUUUGAAACACCGCUGACAUCCAUACUANNGGCCGCAAAGAAGAUGGUCGCACGAUUCGAGGGCCACUCCAACACACGGAAGAUCUCGCCUGUUUCGCAAUUCAUUGCGGGCGGUAUGGCAGGAAUGGUUUCACAAGCUGUCGUCUACCCUCUCGAUACGCUNAAAAUUGUAAGUCUAUCAUUCGAAAUGCGCCAUUAUUGUGCCAGAUUGCUGACCUGCGACAGCCGAAUGCAAUGCGAAACCGUGCCAGGAGGUCUCCGUGGAACAAAACUCAUUGCCGCGACCGCCGUCAAGAUGUGGAAUAAGAACGGCAUCUUAUCUUUCUAUCGCGGCUUACCUAUGGGGCUGGUUGGCAUGUUCCCCUAUGCUGCCAUCGAUUUAGGUACUUUUGAGUACUUGAAACGCACUAUCACCGCAUACAACGUCAAGAAGUACGGAGGACACGAAGCCGACGCUGCACCUAGCAGUUUCGCAACAGCACUCAUAGGUGGCUUCAGUGGUGCUAUCGGCGCUUCCGCUGUCUAUCCUUUGAACCUGCUCCGUACUCGACUGCAGUCCCAAGGCACUGCCAGCCACCCUCGUACCUACACUGGCAUCAUGGAUGUUACUCGCCAGACUCUCGCUGGGGAAGGUGUCAGAGGUCUCUUCAAGGGACUAACACCCAACCUGUUAAAGGUGGUGCCAGCUGUGUCCAUUACCUACGUCGUUUACGAAAACACCAAGAAAGCUUUGAACCUUCGCUGA